GUAUCGUGCGAUCGUACACGCGCGUAGUCAGUGCUGUCACGAGCGUCAUUGAAAAAUCUAAAUUGUGGUGAGCGAACGUCGCUAAAUUUAAAUUUUUCCCGCAAACAAAUUAACUAAAAAUGGGUGUACCUGCCGGCAAUGCUGAAAAUGGAAAGAAAAUCUUUGUUCAAAGAUGUGCGCAGUGCCACACUGUUGAAGCAGGCGGCAAACACAAAGUAGGCCCCAACCUACACGGCUUCUUUGGUCGCAAGACUGGUGGUGCCGCUGGCUUCUCAUACUCAGAUGCCAACAAGGCUAAAGGCAUUACAUGGAACGAGGACACCCUCUUCGAGUACCUUGAAAACCCCAAGAAGUACAUCCCUGGAACCAAGAUGGUGUUCGCGGGUCUGAAAAAGCCCAACGAGCGCGCGGAUCUUAUUGCCUACCUAAAAGAAGCUACUAAGUAACUUACGAAAAUUUAGGAAAAAUAUUGUUGAAAGUAAGAGGCAUUUUCCAUUAUAUUUCUGGAACAUACUUCUUAUUUUAUAGCCCAAUCAGUAUCAUCAAUUGUAUUUUGCAAUAUUAUUUGCGUGAUACACUUAGCAUAGUUCACAUGUCACAUUCUUAGCUGUUACAUUUUCGUGAGUACAAGUUACAGUGUGGAGUAAGUUUGUGUAUACUCUUAUAAAGAUGUGAAUGGAUUUACUGUUAUUAAAUUAUUAACUAGAUGCC